AUGGCAGGAAUGGAGAUCCGCAUUGACUCAGUUGAAGGGCAGGCAACUCCCAAAGACACAUUCGUCUCUAUGCGUGUUGGAGAUUACCAGAAGCAGUCCCGCUUUGGUUCUGCCAAGACCUAUCGUUUCCCUCAGAUGGAAGACGAGCAUCGCUUCGCACGUAUUGAGGUCUUUCAUCGCAUUGGCCACUUGACUGUGAACCUGGACAACCUUCCGGCGAAUGAACCUGUGGAGGUGCCGGUGGAUUUGCCUGAACUGAAGCUGUUGCCGAUGAAGCUUGCUAUUCUCAGUGACACUGUGGAACCAAAGACUGACCAGAAGGCGAAGCAGCAAAAGGCGAAGAACAAGGUUGAUGCCGCCCAAAAGUACUUGGCGGAGCAUCACGUCGAAGAAGUGAUUGCUGAUGCAAUCCGUGAGGUCAUUCAUGAGAAGCCAAGUGAUCCGCAUGCCUUCCUCUCUGCACAGAUUUUGAAGCACGCUGCAAAGAAGCAAGCGGAGAUGCAAGCGGAGAUGCUUGAGCUGCCCAUGACCGAUAACAUGGUCAUCGCAAAUGAUCUGGUGGACCACUCGGCGCCCAAACUUGCAGCGCCUCUGAGCCCGGCCGAGGUCCCGUUCAGGCAGUACUACAACGAUCACAUCCGUUCUCUUGAUGCGAAGCAAAUGGAGAACUUGUACGCAAAGUUCGCAACCACACCAAAAGCUGGAUUGCCGCCCAAGAGUGCGGCCCCAGCUGCCCCAGCUGCCCCAGCGCCGGUCGUUGAGUUGCUUCCGUUCAGGAACUACUACGCGCUGAACGUGCGCCCCUUGAACUCGGAUGCCAUGCAGAAGCUCUACUCCAAGUUCCCUUCCCAGCCCAAACCUGCUCCAAAGCAGACACAGGCAGUUGCUGCCCCAGCAGAGGUCGUGCCAUUUGCAAAGCGACCCUCUGUUGGCACAUGGCUGAGCAGCGCACCCAAGAAAGUCAAGAAUGAGGCUGGGCAAGCUGUGAUGUCUUGCAAAAACAGGCAACGAGGUCUUCGCAAGAAUUUCACUGAUCCCAAGGCACCCGCCGUCAAGGAAGCACCAAAAGCUGCGACCAAGCCCGUGGUGCCCGUGGUGGCCGUGGUGGCCAUGACACCUUUCCGGGACUACUACCUCUCCAAUGUGCGCUCCUUGCCGGGAAUGGAGAAAAUCUACGCAAAGUUCCCUGCGCAGCCAAAACCGGCAUCGAAACCAGCAGCUGCUGCUUCCGAAGUCGCAACAGAGGUGGUGCCGUUUGCCAAGCGUCCAUCCGUCGGAACUUGGUUGAGCCCGGCACCAAAGAAGCUUGGAGGUGAGCAGAAGGCCGAGAAAAGUUCCGAGCCAGAAGCUGCCAAGCCAGUGAAAGAGACGCCAGCAGCCCCGGUCGUGCAACUGCUUCCAUUCAGGUUUGCCAAGCGUCCAUCCGUCGGAACUUGGUUGAGCCCGGCACCAAAGAAGCUUGGAGGUGAGCAGAAGGCCGAGAAAAGUUCCGAGCCAGAAGCUGCCAAGCCAGUGAAAGAGACGCCAGCAGCCCCGGUCGUGCAACUGCUUCCAUUCAGGGAUUACUAUGCAGCGCAAGUGCGCUCCUUGCCGGGAAUGGAGAAAAUCUACGCAAAGUUCCCUGCGCAGCCAAAACCAGUGUCCAAGCCGAAAGACACUGUUGCAGCACCGGCCAGCUCCGAAACCAAGACCACGCUGUUUCAGCACAAACCAUCAGUUGCCACCUGGCUGAAUGCAGUCCCACUGCGAAAGGCGGCUCCAGUGCCUCCCAGCAUUCUCGACCGCUCUCACAGCCGGAUCGUGGCCAUGGGGAAGGAGGAAAUCGUUGAGGCAGUUGUCAAGGAGAUUAGGCAGAAGGAACAGGCAUUCGAGUGUCAGAUCAAGAAGAAGGAGGAGGAGUUUGCUUCUGAGUUGCAGAGGAAGGACGAGGAGAUCGCAAGAUUGAAAGCUUUGCUUUCCAAGUGA